UUACACACACACUUUAGAAGAUAAGAAACACACCGGAGGAUUGCUGUAUUGAAGACAUCAAUACUAAAGGAUGGAGCCCGGAUCUCAUAAACUCUACAAUGUCCACGGCUUCCACUCCCGGAAUUUUCUAGAUACGUACUGUUCCGGUAAAGCAGAAAUGGCUUUUGCUCAUGAUAGUGUCAGGUAUCCUAUGAUGAAAUUUCACAAUGCAUUUUCCUCAGGUGACUUUAAAGGAGACGUGUUGAUUGACUUCAGCAUUGGACCCGUCGUUCACCAUCUCUAUGCAGCGCAGGAAUAUUUCAGAGAUAUCAUCCUUCUCAAGCCUACUGAGCACUGUAUUGUAGAAGUGAAAAAAUGGACAGACAGCCGAACCGGAGCGUUUGAUUGGUCACACGCCUCAACAAUUGCUACAGAAGUGGCAGGAAACAGUGACCAAUGUGAGGAGAAGGAAGCUGGACUCAGGGCGGCAAUUAAACAUGUUGUAAAAUUCGAUCUCAACCUGGAAAAUCUCACAGACCCAAUUGUGCUACCACAAGCCGACUGCCUGGCUAUAGGGUGUAUUCUGGAAGUCAUCAGCAAAGACCUUGAAGAUUUUGUGAACAAUUUUAGGAGAUUCUCAAAGCUCCUGAAACCUGGUGGGCGCUUGUUGUAUUAUGGAGGACUAAAUGCCACAUUCUAUAUGGUUGGGGGGGAGAGGUUCCAUAUGGUAAAGUAUAAUGAAAGCGACUUGAGAGAUAUACUUAGUAAUGAGGGGUUUGUUAUCACCCAUUUGGAGGUUUCCCAAAGAAAGGCUGAGAGUGAUCUGUGUGAUUUUGAUUCAGUUGUGUUCUGUACAGCUUAUAAAGAAUAGAAGAUUUAGGCAUGCCACCUACAGUAUGUAUUUGGCCAAGGUGUGUAGGCAGUCUUCUGGACAUGGAGAUUGUCAUUCGCAAACCUGCUUCCAAAAUCUGAAAAACAGCUUUUCACAAUAAAGGAUAAGCACUGUUGAGCA